AUGGGGCUGUGUAUUGCCGUAUGUCAUACGCCUGGAGAUUGUAUAGAAGAGAUUGCCGACUUUACCAUGUCUCUAAUAUUGAAUCUCUACAGACGAACAUAUUGGCUUGCAAAAGCCGUUAGUGAAGGCAAGAAAGUGGUUGGAGCGGAACACGUGCGAGAAGUAGCUGGAGGAAGUAAACGUAUGCGUGGUGACGUACUUGGUAUCAUCGGUAUGGGACGUGUCGGAACAGCCGUCGCUUUACGGGCUCGUUCUUUUGGAAUGAACAUCGCAUUCUAUGAUCCCUUCGUACCCGAUGGAUUUGAAAAAGCCCUAGGUGUUGAAAGGUUAGGCUGA